AUGGACGAAGCCGACAACCUGAUCGCGCAGACGCUCGCAGAGAGCGGAUGGUCGAAGGAGCUGCCGCGGAUUGGCGCCAUGGCAGGCGAAGACCUCGUGCCCCUCGUGGCCUGGGGCCUCGGGCGAAUCGAUGGCGCGGCGAGCAACGCGGCCGCCCCGUACCCAAAGGGGGUCGCCCAGCGGCACCGCCUCGCCGCGGCCUUUGCCGAGCGGAUUAAGGCACAUGGAUACAAUGGCGACUGCGGCUACAACCACUUGCUGUACCCGAGCGAGUACGACACCCGCCAGCUGCUGCUUUGGCUCGUGCAGAAGCUUCCAAAAGUCGAGCGCGACGACAUGGAAGAAGCGUCGCCAGAGAUGCAGGUGCGGAAGACGCUCGCAGACGCGCUCUCGCUCUGGAUGCAAGCGCCUUCGUCGUCGGCACGAGCGUCUACCGCGAUGGCUACGAUGCCCCGUGCCUCACCGCUACCCGACUUUUUCAGCUCGAGCACGACCUUGGCGCGCAGCACGUACGUCACGACCAAGCAGCCGCUCGCGACCGACGCGAAGCUCGUAUCUCAACACAAGCAGCUUUCGCUCCUUGCGCUGAACGAAGCCGCAAGCUUGAGUCAUGACGGGCACGGACCACGCGCAGCGCUCUUGUCCAGCGUGUCGUCGACGGUGCCACGCGAGGUGACCGUUGCCUUGCAGUCGCUUGCUCUGGCACAUCCCGUCGCCACCUCGUCCGUUCUUAUGUCCAUCACGCCAUCGUCCAUGCUCCGUCCUGUGUCCGUGUCGCUGCCUCCAUCAGCGCCGCCCGAUAUCGUGGAAUCGCCGCCGCCGGUCGCCGUCCAGGUCGACAUAGCGGCUCUCGAUGUUCAGAAGGCGCACGUGCUUGCUCUGCAAAGCCAGUACGAGGCGACGACCGCGACGAUCGAGCAGCUCCAGGCGCACAUCGCGCUCGCCACCGAGCAAGAGGCCGCGGCCGGCACCCAGCAGCACACGAUCGAAGCAGAGCUCGCGGCGCUGCAGCACGACGUCGACAUUCGCCAGCAAACCCUCGACAUGGUGGCUGACGCGUCCAAAAACAUGGUCAAGCUCCAGACCAUGUGCGAUGCCAGCGUCCAGCGGUUGGCAUCGCUCUCAAUGGAGUGGGCGGCGCACCGCGCUCCGUUGGAUACGGCGAUUGCGGCCCAGGCAGCAACGCAGUGCGCGUACGAAGAAGACUGCCGCCGUCUCCAAGGCACGAUCGCUGCUUACCGCGACGAGAUGAUGAGCCUGGUCGAGAGCCUCGGGCAAAAGAAGGCGCAGCGCGAGGCGCUCGAGCGCAAGUACGCGAUGGCGCCCAAGGCGAUCAACCGCAGCGUCUAUACGUCGCGCAUCAUGGACAUCAUCAAGCAGGUGCACAAGCAAAAGGCCGACAUCGCCAAGAUUCUGCAAGACAUUCGCCGUGUGCAAAAGCACAUCAAUGUCUCGUCCGAGAAGCUCAAGCGCAGCGAGGCGAUCGCAGAGGAGCGGCUCUUCCACGCUGCCAACGACGCGAGCCACAAGAGCGACAAGCGCACGCAGUACGUCGAGUGCUACCGCCUCUUCACGACGAUACGCGAGCUCUUUGACGAGCUCAUUCGAUGUGUCAACGACGGUGGGAAGCGCGAGAACCAGACGCGCGACCUCUCCACCUGGAUCGCGCAGCUCUCGAACCGCCUGAACGUGGCCAACUGCGACCAGAUCGAGGCCGACUUGGCGCAGGUCCGCGACGAGAACAGAGCGCUCAUGGCGCAGCUCCAGACGUACGAAUGAUAACACACGUGCAAAUGGAUUGCCGUCGUCUUACAUGCCAGCAC